AGCUUUACUCAGGGCUCUACCACGUCCCUAUCGACAAUAGAAACGCCGGCCCAGCCUGCCUCAUAUCUAAGCCUGAUCCCACCGGUCCCUCAGCCGCCCGUGACCCCCUACUCCCCCGAGGGAGGCCACUUUUAUACUCCCGCUCCCCCCGUCUUCCCCGGCCUCGACGUUAGGCCUCGACUGGGCUCUCACAGUAGCACGGCCGGCCAGGGCAUGGCACAUGCCCAUCGGUCGACGACAUUGCCGCACCCAGGAACCCAUCUGAGCGCGCGAGAGCUCUACUCCUCCGCGACGCCGGCGUUCAGGAGACCGGACCACCACAUCCCGCGGUCUCCGCCCUUCUCGAGCAUACGACGCCACAACCCGCUCUCGCCGACCAGCAGCCCGGCCGGGUACGGAUCGCUCAAGAUGGACGCGGGCUACCCGGGGUCCAAGAACCAACAAAACAUCCCGCCAAUGCUCUCGAUGACGUCGCUCGGCCACCUCUCGUAUGGCGACGCGGCGGCGACCUCCAUCAAGGUGGACAUCAACGGCGUCAUCGACAAGGGCUUCUUCGUGGCCGACAACGAGUGGACGUGCUACCGGCGCAACUACUUCUCGUGCGUCUGCUCUUUCUCGCUGACGCCCCUGAUGCACAACACGCCCAUCCACUUCCUGCCCACGGGCGCCACGCAGGCGUACAACGUGUACGAGUUCGCCAUGUGCAUCUCGGCCGUCGUGUCGGACAACGACAGCCACACGAUCGACCUGGUCCAGCACACGCCGAAGCGGGACAAGGGGCCGAUCGCCAAGCCCGAGAAGGUGCGGCUGUCGCCCAAGCCGCCGCAGGCCAGCCACCACCCGCUGACGAGCCUGUACGCGAGCCCGGACGGCAGCCUGGGGUCGUCGAGGUACGAGCAAGGGUUCGGGCAGCCGCAGCAGAGCUCGGCGCCGACCGAGUACACGUUUGAGCGCAUCCAGUUCAAGCAGGCGACGGCCAACAACGGGAAGAGGAGGGCGGCGCAGCAGUACUACCACCUUAUCGUCGAGCUCUGGGCCAACGUGGGCCAGCCAGGGGGCGCAGACCAGUGGGUCAAGGUGGCGUACCGCAAAUCGGCAAAGAUGAUUGUGCGCGGCCGCUCCCCCGGCCACUACCAGUCGGAGAGGAGAGGAAGCACGAGCAGCGGGCCUGGCGGCUCCGGCGGCGGGAGCAUCGGCGGGGGCGGAUACGCGGGCAUGCUCGGGCCGAGCGAGUACUCGACCGGCUCGUCGAUGCUGGGCGGCGGCGGCGGCGGCGGCGGGUACGGGCAGCAACACUACGACCCGCGCUCCGGCGGCGGCUACGGCGGCACGCGGCACCACCACGAGCUGACGAUGGAGCCCAUGAUCUCGGCCGAGGACGUCAAGGCGAUCACGGACACCAAGGGCUACCAGUACUACCCGGCGACGCUCUACGAGGGCGAGCAGGACCCGCGGCACCAGCAGCAGCAGGUCGAGCUCUUCUCGCACCACCACGGCCGCCCCGACGUGUCCUCGGAGAGCGCUGGCGGCGGCGGCGGCGGCGGCGGCACCACGGCGAGCUCGAUGAGCGGCGCCGCCUUCGACCCCACCAAGGUCAAGUCGGAGCUUGAGAACGGGCUGCCGAGCCUGUUCUACCCGGCCGGGCCGUACUACUCGCAGCGCUGCGGCCGGUUCGAGGGCAAAUCGACCUCGGCCGGCCAGUACCCGGCCCUGAUCCCGCCGCCGUCCGGCACCACGACGAUGAGCAUGACCUGA